AUGAUAGGGAAAAUUUUGGGGUACAACACUAUUGUAAUAGGAAAUUUUGAUGACUUAGGGACUAUUGAAUAUUUGAAUAAUCUAGGUAAUAAAUUUGAUGAAAGAGGGCCCGCUGGUGUAGAAGAUUCAGAUGCAGUUAACCAAAAAGGUUCACUUGAGGAAGUUAAUAUCGAUGGGACCACUGAGAACAUUAACCAAAAAGAUUCAUGUCUGAAUGUUAACUUUGAGGGGGACGCCGUGUCUGAGGAUGCAAUAGUGAAUAUUACUUUAGAUGGGACCACUGAACAUGUUGUAUGUGACCAAGAUGAUAUAUUGGAUGACACACAUUACUUGGUAAGUGUUCAAACUGAUUCAGUUGCUGAGGGAAUUAUUUGUAACCAAGAAGAUGGCGAGGCAUUAGAGUGUAACAAGUAA